AUGGAAUCGACAAACGCAAUUGAAAUUGGUACGUCGGGGAUCAACACCGCCGGAGAAGACAAUGCAUCACCGCCGCCAGAAACAGAGGGAAUCAGCCGCCUUGUCGAGAAACUGAAAGGUGUCGGUUUAUCGACAACCACCGCGGCGCCGGAGGUGAAGAAACCAAAGCCGAAGGUUUCACUUUCACCACAGCACGAAGAAAUCAGACGAAGCUUCCCUAUCUACAAGCUGAAGAACGAACUCGUUCAGGCCGUCCACGACAACCAGGUCCUGGUCGUCAUCGGAGAAACCGGUUCUGGCAAAACCACCCAGUUAACUCAGUACCUCGCCGACACCGGUAAAUACACCACCGACGGCAAAAAAAUAGGUUGCACUCAGCCUCGCAGGGUGGCGGCAAUCUCCGUCGCCAAAAGAGUCGCCGAAGAAUUCGGCUCUCCGUUAGGACAAGAAGUCGGCUACACCAUCCGUUUCGAAGAUCGAACUUCUCCGAAAACCAUUAUCAAGUACAUGACUGAUGGAAUGCUUCUGAGAGAAAUUAUCACCGACGAAUAUUUAUCUCAGUACUCUGUAAUAAUUCUUGACGAAGCUCACGAGAGAACACUCAGCACCGAUAUCCUCUUCGGAUUGCUCAAGCCCCUUCUCAAACGCAGACCGGAUCUUCGUCUGAUCGUGACUUCCGCAACUUUGGAUGCAGAGAAAUUUUCCGAGUAUUUCUUCAAUUGCAGCGUAUUCCGAAUUCCCGGAAAAAUAUUCCCCGUCGAAGUAAUCUACAUUGAGCCGCCGGAAAGACGUGGAUUUGUCAAUAUGUCAAUUGACGUUGUACUGCAGAUUCACACGUCCGAGCCGGAAGGUGGCGACAUACUCGUGUUCUUGACCGGUCAAGAUGAGAUUGAUUCCGCGUGCAAUUCUCUCCACGAGAGGAUGGAGAAAAUUUUACGAGGGAAAAAUAGAAACAAUUGUGGCCGAGAGCUGAUAAUUCUACCGGUUUAUAGUACUCUGCCUAUUGAAAUCCAAUCGAGGAUUUUCGAACCGACACCUCCCGGAAAAAGGAAAGUGGUUUUCGCCACGAAUAUUGCGGAAGCUUCUUUGACAAUCGAUGGCAUAUUCUACGUCGUCGAUUCGGGUUAUGCGAAGCAAAAUGUGUACAACCCUAACAAGGUUCUUGAUUCUCUGGUGACGGCUCGUAUAUCGCAGGCUUCUGCUAAGCAGAGGCAAGGUCGAGCUGGUCGCACAGGGCCUGGAAAGUGCUACCGUCUCUACACGGAGAGCACUUUCCUCAAUGAAAUGGCCCCCACCACGGCCCCCGAGAUACUCAGGAUCAAUCUUAGCACGACGGUUCUUAAUUUGAAAUCGAUGGGUAUUGACGAUCUAUUCUCGUUUGAUUUCAUGGACCCGCCUUCUCGGAAGGCACUAGCUUCCGCAGUCGAAGAGCUACACAAAUUAGGAGCUCUCGACGAAAAUGGGGUCAUCACAAAUUUGGGUCGGAAAAUUGGCGAAUUCCCGCUCGAUCCUCCGUUGUCGAAGAUGCUUCUCACAAGCGUGGAUCUAGGUUGUAGUGACGAGAUUCUUACCGUUACCGCAAUGAUUCAGGCAGGGAACAUCUUCUACCGGCCGAGGGAUAAACAAGACGAGGCGGACAAGAAAAGGGCAAAGUUCGUACAACCUAGUGGGGACCACCUGACGCAGCUCUUUGUCUACGAGGCGUGGAAAAAGGCGGGAAACUGUUUCUCCGGCCAGUGGUGCUACGACAACUUCGUUCAGUCUCAGUCGAUGAGGAGGGCGCACGACGUGAGGAAACAGCUUGUUUCGAUUAUGGAGAGACAAAAUUUGAAUGUUGUGAGUUGUGGUAAGAAUGUUACGAAAGUCCAGAGAGCUAUAGCCGCUGGUUUAUUUGCCAACGCCGCGCGAAAGGAUCGACUCGGAAGAGGGUACAGAAGAGUGGCUGACAACCAGAGUGUUUAUAUACAUCCGAGCAGCACUCUGUUCUCGAGUAAGCGUCAGCCCGAAUGGGUUAUCUACAACGAACUGGUGAUGACGUCGAAGGCUUUCAUGCGUGAUGUCACUGCCGUAGAUUCCAACUGGCUUCCCAAAUCAGUGUCCUCUACGAUAAAAUCAGCAAGAUCCAGAAACAAGUUCGUGCACAAUCGACAUCACUGAUCUUGUAGUCGAAUAGUCUUUUCUAUUGGGAGUUAUUGGUUUUGUGCUAUGUGCCUGUUUUAAUGUUUUAAAAAC